AUUUCCUGCUUUAGGCUGCUGUGUGGUUCUUACGUAUGACUGUGGCUGCUUUUUAGUUUAGCACUUCAGUCGAGGAAAGGUAAAAAUAAAUAAAAACAGAUUGCGAGGGUUAUAAACCGUUUAUAAACGAGUUACAAUACUUGUUUUCUUCGAGGAAAACGUUUCCUUCGCCGCGUUCAAGUCGCGGUUCUUAAGAAGUGAGUCUUCAUUUAGUAAAAAGGUUCCCCUGAGCUGUUUGGUCCAUAAUGGCGCAGUGGAAUCAGCUGCAGCAGCUGGACCCCAGGCACCUGGAACAGCUUUAUCACCUCUACAGUGACAGCUUUCCAAUGGAGCUCAGACAGUUUCUGGCCCCCUGGAUCGAGAGCCAAGACUGGGCUUUUGCAGCCAACAAGGAGUCUCACGCCACACUGGUGUUUCACAAUCUGCUUGGGGAGAUUGAUCAGCAGUACAGUCGCUUUCUGCAAGAGAACAACGUGCUCUACCAGCACAACCUCCGGAGGAUAAAGCAGCAUCUACAGAGCAAGUACCUUGAAAAGCCAAUGGAGAUCGCCAGGAUCGUGGCUCGCUGUCUGUGGGAGGAAUCUCGGCUGCUGCAAACCGCGACAACCGCAAUUCAGGAUGGGCAGGCCCCGCAUCACACAGGCACAGUGGUGACCGAAAAACAGCAGAUGCUGGAACAGCACUUGCAGGACGUGAGAAAAAGAGUGCAGGACUUGGAACAGAAAAUGAAAAUGUUGGAAAACCUACAGGAUGACUUUGAUUUUAACUACAAGACCCUCAAAAGCCAAGGAGAAAUACAGGAUCUAAAUGGAAACAGUCAAGCAGCAGCAACAAGACAGAAGAUGGCACAGCUGGAACAAAUGCUAACGGCCUUGGACCAGCUCAGAAGGCAAAUUGUAACAGAAAUGGCGGGGCUCCUGUCUGCCAUGGAUUUUGUUCAGAAGACCCUGACAGAUGAUGAGCUGGCGGACUGGAAGAGAAGACAGCAGAUCGCCUGCAUAGGGGGGCCCCCUAAUAUUUGCCUGGACCGCUUGGAAAAUUGGAUCACGUCCCUCGCCGAGUCUCAGCUUCAGACCCGUCAACAGAUUAAGAAGCUGGAGGAGCUGCAGCAGAAAGUCUCGUACAAGGGAGACCCCAUCGUCCAGCACCGGCCCGUCCUGGAGGAGAGGAUCGUGGAGCUAUUCAGGAACCUCAUGAAGAGUGCUUUUGUAGUGGAGAGACAGCCUUGCAUGCCCAUGCACCCAGACCGGCCCCUCGUCAUUAAGACAGGCGUACAGUUUACCACCAAAGUCAGGUUACUCGUGAAAUUUCCUGAAUUAAAUUAUCAGCUGAAAAUUAAAGUUUGUAUUGACAAGGAUACAGGAGAUGCUGCUUCAUUAAGAGGGUCACGAAAAUUCAACAUCCUGGGCACAAACACAAAGGUCAUGAACAUGGAGGAGUCUAAUAAUGGCAGCCUGUCCGCUGAAUUCAAACACCUGACUCUGAGAGAGCAGAGGUGUGGAAAUGGAGGACGAGCUAACAGUGAUGCAUCCUUGAUUGUAACUGAAGAGCUGCAUCUCAUCACUUUCGAGACGGAGGUCUACCACCAGGGACUUAAAAUCGACUUGGAGACACACUCCUUGCCUGUAGUGGUGAUCUCCAACAUAUGUCAAAUGCCAAACGCCUGGGCUUCCAUCCUUUGGUAUAACAUGCUGACCAACCACCCAAAAAACGUGAACUUUUUCACCAAGCCGCCCGUGGGUACCUGGGACCAGGUAGCGGAGGUGCUGAGCUGGCAGUUCUCAUCUACCACGAAGAGAGGGCUUUCCAUGGAGCAGCUCUCCACUCUGGCUGAGAAGCUGCUAGGUCAAUGUGUUAAUUAUUCUGGAUGCCAAAUUACUUGGGCAAAAUUCUGCAAGGAAAACAUGGCAGGGAAAGGGUUUUCAUUCUGGGUGUGGCUGGACAAUAUCAUUGACCUGGUGAAAAAAUACAUGCUGGCGCUUUGGAACGAAGGGUACAUAAUGGGGUUCAUAAGCAAGGAGAGGGAACGAGCCCUCCUGAGCACAAAACCCCCCGGGACCUUCCUUCUGAGGUUCAGCGAGAGCAGCAAGGAAGGGGGUAUCACUUUCACCUGGGUGGAGAAGGACAUCAGCGGUAAGACCCAGAUUCAGUCUGUGGAGCCCUACACCAAGCAGCAGCUCAACAGCAUGUCCUUCGCUGAAAUCAUCAUGGGCUACAAAAUCAUGGAUGCCACCAACAUCCUGGUGUCUCCCCUGGUGUACCUGUAUCCCGAAAUCCCAAAGGAGGAGGCGUUUGGGAAGUACUGCCGCACUGAGAACACGGAACCGCCUGACUUCACUGAACCAGGUAGCACAGUCCCAUAUCUAAAGACAAAAUUCAUCUGUGUCACACCGUGCCCUUCCGUCUUCAUGGACCUGCCAGACAGUGAGCUGUUGACCAAUGGAUUUUGCGGCACAAGCUCGGGUAACACCAGCGACCUCUUCCCAAUGUCUCCCAGUACCCUGGACUCUCUGAUGCACAACGAGGGACCAGAAUCCAGUGCUGGAGGACAGCUAGACACACUUACCCUGGACAUGGAAUUCAGUUCAGACGCUGCUUCACCCAUGUGAAGAAAAGAAUAAUUAUUAUUAUAUUAUUAUUAUUAUUAUUAUUAUUAUUAUUAACCACAUUCUACAGUCGACCGGCCAUGGAAACAGUUCUGUUAAAUAUUCCUUUAACUGAACCUUACAUUGGUAAUAGUUUUCUUUUCUUUUCUCCCCACGUGGUCUUUGGUCAAAAAAACCAAAAAAAAAGUUUUAAAAGCCAAGAGGAGACAAUUUUCCUGCCUAUAUGCUUGUACACCAACACAUUUAUAUAUCAUGGGUGUGUGUGUGUGUAUAUAUAUAUAUAUAUAUAUAUAAAUCCCCUUCAGUCACUGAGUGUGUAUGUGACAAAUAAGUGGUGUAACCAAAUCACAUCUUUAAUUUCACUUUAGAAGAAACUGCGUUCUAAUCACUGGGAAUACUGUUGAACGGGCGACUCAUUAUUAGUUCAUUUGUUUUUUUGUUUUUUUUAACCCCUAACGGACACGAUUUAAGUUGUUUCAUCUUAAAGGAAUGGUGCAUAUUGCAGAAUUUUGAAUUUUAAUGAAAACAAUUCAGGAUGUAGCAACAGCUUGCCAUAUUAAAGGGGUGAUAUUGUAGUAUCAUGGCCUGUAUUAUAGGUUGACAAUUGCUUGUAUUCUUUUUUAUGUUAUGUAUUCUCUUGUGAUUGUAAGCAAAGUAUUGCACUAAUUACUUUGGUUGGACAUGCUGCAUCAUGUGAAUGUGUUUGUGUGUGUAUUUUAUUUUAUUUUAUUUUAUUUUUUUGAAUAACUCCCUGUUUGUCCAAACAAAAAAAAGAAAUGUGUAGCUUGUGCAAAUUUUGAGCAAUCCCAAAUAUCAAGACAUGUGGUUUGCUUUGCAUUCAACCGAGGUGUUGGUUUAAUGAAAUACAAAGCUUUGUUUAUUAAAUCCACAAAGUGCCAACCCUUAUGCACUUACGUCAGUAAGACUAAUUAAAUGUAUACUGUAUGUGUAGUAAUAUUGUUAUGUACUAUAUGUGUUUUUAGUUAUGUAUUAAAUGUAGUGAAUAGAUUAGACAAUUUUUACACAGAUUCAGUGUUUCUGAAGACUGGUUUGAAUUGGUGUGUCACGAGUACAGAGGGAGAUAUAUUAUGUAGUCCAUAUAUAUAUAUAUAUAUAUAUAUAUAUAUAUAUAUAUAUAUAUUACAUAGCAGUUACAUUUUAAAAGCAAAGGUGUUCAUUCAAUCUCUUAAGCUAAAUCAAGCAUUUGGCUUCAUUGUCAUAGAAGAUGGCAUUGUGUUCAUUUGUAAUCAGCAACAUUGUAAAUGACCCUUAAGCUUUUUUUUUCUGUACAAUUUUAUGCUGUAACCAAUUGCUUGAACUUUUUAAUACUAAACAGUUAUGCUAAAUAAAUAAAUAAAUAAAUAAUGUCACAUGGUUUAUUUCAUCACAAGGAACAA